CACCCCCACUUACACUCUCUUCUUCAUGAUUGAUUCCAGGUGUGAAGAAACAGCCUUCUCCCUGCGGACUGAGGUUGGACGACGACGCACACCAAUGGUGUGAACCCCACUGACAGAUAUGGCGGAGAGAGCCCUGAAGUUACGCAUUUCCAGUCAUGACUACUUCCUUGCCCAGUAUUCUGUGUGUUCAAACUUUAGAAAUGCUGCCAAAUGGGUACAAAGUAGCUUAUCUGCAACAGAAAUGGAAAUUUUUCGCGCUUUACCAUGGGGCCAUCUUAUUGACAUCUCACCCACACAGUUCUCUGGACAAGUCUUUCAAAUGCUGGCCUUACACCUUGUGCAGGAGCAACCUGAUGAGGAGCUCUGGUUUGCCAUUGGGGGUACACUGUAUAAGUUUACUUAUGUGGAUUUUUGCCGCAUAAGUGGAUUACCAGCGGGUGCUGAACCAUUAGCUGGUGCGGGUGAUGUUUCAGGACAAGAAUCUGGCGAUGAAGCUGAACCAGUGGGGACCAUUGCUAAGAAGUAUUUAGGUGGCUCAGUCGACAUUACACACAUCAAUUUGAAGAACAUAUUUGAGAAACUGAAACUUUCCAAACGUCGUGAUCAGAUGGAUGUUAUAAAGUUGGCCUCCCUGUUCUAUAUUAAGUGUGUGUUGCUUGCUAAGGACAACACUACGAGGAUAAAUGCAUCCUCUGUCAGAUUGGUGAAUGAUUUAGAGGAAUUCAAGAAGUGUCCGUGGUCACUUCGUUCGUACAAGUUAUUGGUGAGUCAUAUGAAGGGCCUGAUGGAUGGUCAACCUCAGAAGUUCAAGGACCGGAAGGAGAACAAUCCAAACUAUAGAAAUGCAAAGCUAUCUGUCUACA